UGUGCUCGGUCAGCAGUGCGCGCGGCCGCUGCACAGAGCCCCGCCGCCGUGCACCGUGAACGCGCCUCUCCAUGCGGUUUGAAUAAAGAAGGAAAAGCAGCAAAAAAAAUCAGCUGAUGAUGAAAACACAUGAAGCUGUUCCUGGAGCGGAGAGCAGAGACCGGUUUGAUUCGCUCAUCUGAACCCGGUUCCGGUGUCUAAAGGGGGUCCGGUUUCUCUGCUCAGCACCUCCGCUCUUUGUCAGCCGGUUCACACACAGAGACCCGGGCGGGUUUAAGGUUUUUUUUUUCUCUCCUCUGAUUGAAGCGGCUCUACCGGAGAGAGACUGACUGGCUUUAACACGCUAAGGACCCGGGAGUGUUUUAAUGUGUGUGUGUGUGUGUGUGUGUGGUGUGUGUGUGGUGUGGGGUGUUUGUGUUGAAUCUGAUCUGUUCGGGGUUAUUUCCUGCUGGAUUUAAGCAUCUUUUGUUUGGAGGAAGAAGCGGCUGAUGCUGCGGUUCAUAGUGAAGUCACUCUGACGGAGGAGUCACCGGAGCAGGUCUUUAAUGAGCAUUUAUGAGCCUGGUAAUGCUAGUGCAUCCUAACGGGACUGUGGGAGUGUGGAAUCAGCGCUGAUGGGAUUAUUUCACCUUCAUUUAUUACUCAUAUUAUUUUAUUAUUGAUCAUAAUUGGCUCUGGGGAACGGCUGCAAGGGUUCCGCCUGGUUUCCUCAGUCUUUUGUGUGGAAUUGAUCUGUCAGUCCUCGGACUCUGUUAGUCUGUUCCGGUCCUGUCCCGGGUGGUCCCGGUUUGUCCCGGGUUGAGAAGCACCAUGCCGGAGUGCGUGUCCGUGUCCGAGUUCUUGCAGGAGGUUCAGGAGGACUGGAGCUCUCCCACCACCUCCUCCUUCACCUCCAAGAUGAUCAGCUGCAGGAACACCGUCUACCUGCUGGAGGAGGUUCUGGACAGUGACCGGUUGGUGUUGCAGAAGAUGAAGAAAGCUGCUAAAGCCAAAUACACAUCAGGACAAGACCACGUGUCUCACCUGGAGCAGUACAUUAAUUCGAUGGAGAAGCUGUCAGUCAACUGUCACUCAAACGGAGAAUCCGAGGUCGGCUCUGCUUUCUGCCGACUGGCGGACUUCUCUAAAGAUCUCCUCUCUCCCAUGAAGAACCUGUUAAAGAGCAUGCUCCACAACAUCAACUUCUUCCUGGACUCUCUGGUUAAAGGAGACCUAAGGGAGGUGAAGGGGGAUCUGAAGAAGCCAUUUGACAAAGCAUGGAGGGACUAUGAGAGCAGAUUUAAACAGGUGGAGAAGGAGAAGAGGGAGUUAGCUCGGCAGUAUGGGAUGGUGAGGAGCGAGGUGAGCGGAGGAGAGAUCGCUGAGGAGCUGGAGAAGGAGAGACGCUCCUUCCAGCUGAGCAUGUGUGAGUAUCUGAUUAAGGUCAACGAGAUAAAGACGAAGAGAGGAGUCGACCUGCUGCAGAACCUCAUCAAACACUACCACAGCCACAACAAUUUCCUGCAGGAGUGUGUUUCCACCACUCAGAGGUUGAAGCAGUACAUGGAAGAGCUGAAUGGAGUCCUGACGACGGUGAAGCAGCGUCAGGAGGAGGAGAAGAAGCAGCUUGUGUCUCUCAGAGAUCAGCUGAGGCCAGUCGUCCACACAGAGCAGGACUCUUUACCUAAGCAGACGUACAGUAUGCAUCAGCUGCUGGGAGACAAACAGUACGGGACAGAAAGAACGGGAUUCCUCUACAAGAAGAGUGACGGGCUGAGGAAAAUGUGGCAGAAGAGGAAAUGUUCAGUGCACAACUGUUACCUGACGAUUGCACACGCUACUCCUAAUAAACCUCCUACCAGACUAAACCUGCUCACCUGUCAAGUUAAACCCAGUGUGGAGGACAAGAAAUGCUUCGACCUCAUCUCUCAUAAUCGGACCUACCACUUCCUGGCUGAGGAUGAAGCUGAAUGUGUGGCCUGGAUCUCGGUGCUCAGUAACAGUAAGCAGGAGGCUCUGAACGUGGCUCUAGACGGGGGGAGGAGAGGGGGAGGAGGUGGAGAGAGCAGCGUGGAGGAUCUGACCCGGGCCAUCACUGAUGACAUCAAACGGAUGCCAGGAAACAACAACUGCUGUGACUGUGGAGCUCCAGGUAAUCUCUAUCCUGGAUGGCUCUCAACCAACCUGGGGAUCCUGACCUGUAUCGAGUGUUCAGGGAUCCACAGGGAGAUGGGGGUACACGUCUCCAGGAUCCAAUCUCUGAGCCUCGACAGUCUGGGGACCUCUGACCUGCUGUUGGCUAGAAAUGUUGGUAACUCUGGUUUUAAUGAAAUACUGGAGGCGAACCUGCUGAGUCCGUCACUGAAGCCCUCCCAACACAGCCACAUGGGGGAGCGUAAAGACUUCAUCUUAUCAAAGUAUCAGGACGUUAAUUUUGUGAGGCGGAGCCACAGCUCUCCUUCGGCGCUGCGACUCGGCCUGCAGGAGGCGACCAAAAACUGCGACAUCUACAGUCUGAUCCAGCUGUACGCUCAGAGGACGGAGCUGAGCCAGCCGCUGCACACACACAUACAGGAGAAAGGGGAAACGGCGCUCCAUCUAGCGGUCCUAUUGGCUGACAGGACGUCGCUGCACAUCCUGGAUUUCCUGGCUCAGAACUGCUCCAACGUGGACGUGCAGACAUCAGCAGGAAACACGGCGCUACACUACAGCUGUCUGCACAACAAGAGCGACUGUGUGAGACUGCUGCUGAGAGCCAGGGCCAACACGCACAUCAAGAACGAGUUAGGAGAGACCGCGCUGGACAUGAGCCGCAGGUUGAAGCACGGCCACUGUGAGGCGCUGCUGCAGCAGGCCCAGUCCAACCAGUUUGACCAUCACGUCCAUGUGGAGUACGAGUGGAGGCUUCGUCACGACGACCUCUACGACAGUGAUGAUGACUUUGACGACAAGGUAACCAUGAAUGGUCCUGUGAAGAAAGAGCGCUUCUCCCCUUCCUCGUCCUCCUCCUUCAGCUCCUCUUUCUCCUUCUCCUCCCGUCCCUUCAUCUUCAGUCAGUCCACCUCCUCGUCCAUGAACCCGUCCUCCUCUGGAGCAGCUGGAGGAGGUCUGCUCAGCGUGGGGAGGAGGCUCGCCAUGGCUAUGGAGCUCCACAGCCGGCCAGCUGGCUCUGCCUCCAGCCCCCCACCUCCUCCCCCGUCCUCCCCUGCGCCUCCGCUGCCACCGAGGGUCAAAGCUCCCAAUGUUCCUCCUCCUCCCCCUCCUGGGGGGGAAGGUGUUGGAGAGGAAGACGAAGAAGAGGGGGAGGUCUUCUUCCCCCUGACAGGGAACAGAAAGUCGACCCCUCCUCCCAUCGCCGUCCGACACAAGAGGAGCUGCUCCGAGUCCAGCAAACACGAUUACGGGUUGCCAACCAGUCCCAGGAUCUACAGCGGUCCAGAUUCCUCCUUUAAGAAGUGUGUGCCAGUGUCUCCCCUCAGCUCGCUGGCUGAACGACCUGACAGAGGUUUUCGGAGGGCAGACAGUGACGGUAGCUCCUCCCACUUCCUGUUCCCUGCCAGUAAAGCCCCGCCCAACGGGUCUCCCACCAGUCAGCGCUCCCAGAGCUUCGAGAGUGACAGAAGAGGCCCCGCCCCCCAGCCGCUUCCUCGCAGAUCAUUGCCUCGGGGUACAACAAGCCGUCGUGUUGAGGCGCUGUACGACUGCCAGGCCGACCACCACGAUGAGCUGAGCUUCUCUGAGGGACAGGUGCUGGUGGUCCUGGGCCAGGAGGACAGUGAUUGGUGGCAUGGUUACAUAGAGGAUGAACCGGAACGGAGAGGUUUGUUUCCAUCCUCCUUCGUCCAGCUGCUCUCAGACUGACAUGAAUCUGGACAAGACCAGACCAGACCAGGACAGGUGCAGACCCCUGGACCAGGACAGGUGCAGACCCCUGGACCAGUUCAGAUCCAGACCACAUCAGUCACCCGGGAGGACCAGAACCUGGAGCUCAGGAGAACCAAACCAGAUCAGGCUUUCAGGUUAUUGUCCUUCUCCACCUCUCGGGACUUGACUGAUCUGGUCCUGACCAGCUCCAGCAUCCUGUGACCUCACAAGAUCCUGGUCCAGCCACAGUUCCUGUUGUCAACCAUGUUGUCGUAGCAACCAGCUUUUCUUAUGCCUUCUGUUACCAUGGAAACGUUACAGAUGAUCUUUCAGUGAAGAAUCUAGACCGGACUAGAUCUUUAUGUGGCUUGGGUUAUGUGGUAACGUUGCCAUGGAGACAGCCUCACACAGACCAGAUCAGAUCAGCGAGGAUUCAAGGUUGAUGUUGACGAUACUUGUAUUUAUUUAUUUAUUUAUUUAAGAUUGAAAAUAUUUUAUUAAGCACAAAGAUAACGGCAGGUUACUUCAAAAUAAAACAAUCCACUGGACUUUUAUUUUGAAGUCAACUGAACAACUUUUCUCUGUUCUAUUUUAUUCGAAUGUAUUUAUUGUUAUUGAUCCGGUGAAGAUGCCACCACACAAGCCGCUCCUCUUCUAUUUCAUGCUCCGCCUCCUUGGUGGAGUGGGGCUUUAAAAGGUCCAACCCGUGACCAGAGCACAAAGGAUUGUGGGAUACUGAAGACCAAAGGAUAAAUACCAGGGGCACGUUCAGUCUGUUACAGUUUCCAGGUUGAAAGAAGUUUCCUCAGAACGGUGUGCAAUGCUUUGAGGAGUGUUUCAUCUCGUUUGGUGCAGCAAACCUGUACUUACGUUUAUUUAAAUGCACUGUUUCCGUUUAAAUUAGGGAUGUCAUCAACCCUCUCCACUGUCUCUCUCCACUCUGCUGUGUGUGUGUGUGUGUGUGUGUGUGUGUGUGGGAGCUCACAGACGAGACGGACAGUGGAGAGACGCACACUCACCACGCCACUACAAGUGGAACUACAGCCCCGCGAACAAAAAGCAAAUAAGCAACUUGUAAUCCAUGAAAAAAUAAACACUCAGCAGAAUAUAGUUCAUUCAGGUAACUGCACUGAAGCAACAAACACUACAGGACACUUUUAAAGGCAGAGAGAUAGUUUGUUAGGCUGUUUUAUAGCCUACUUUGUUAUUCAGUAAAGUAUAAAAAAAAACAUUAAGAAGCAGCUUAAGCUUUUCUUAAAGCAAUGCAGAUCUAUUCACCUGUAUUAUAGUAUAGUAAGUAUUGCAUCACGACUUGGUAUCAGCAGAUACUCAAUAUCUGCUGAUACAAAAAAAAGAGGCAAAAAACUUGGUGACAUCCAUAUUUUUUUACCGUAGUAUCAAAUCGGUAUCGAGAAUCGUGGCAUUUCACUAGUAUUGGUAUCGACUAAAUGUCUGUUGCUGUGACAAAAAUAGAUAUUUGCGGCGGCUGAACGUGCCCCAGUUCUCUCUAAAUUCAGGUAACAUCAGUCGGUCUGUAAACGUGGGCAACAGAGGAGGCGGAGCCUGAAAUGUGACACAGCUUCGAUGUCACAGGAUAUCAACGCCUCAAUGAGUAAGUACGGCAGCGUAUUGCUGCCACUAUUAGAAAAAUACAUUUUAAUCAAGUUUCUUGUUAAAACAAAAAGACAUUUUUCAUGCUUCAUGCGUUCAUCUUGUAAUCACUACAUACCAAAUAAUUCUGUUUUAACCAGAAACGUCUAUGUAACUUAUUACUUAAUCACCUUUCUACAGUAACAUGACUUACAACCUCUGCAAACUGAGCUGAUUGUUUUUCAUCAUGGUGGCAGCAAUACUCUCCCACGAGGAAGAACUUUUAUAGACAAAUCAAAUUUCAAAUUUGUCAGUCGAACUUUUCUCAUUUGAGUUUGAUUGUGUCAACAUUUACCUCCAGAGUUCAUGAUAGAAAACAGCCCUCUUGAAUUUCUUUAUUUUUUUUAUUUCAUUCAAAGUGACAGUGGUGGGUUUAUGUUGUUUUGAAAUAUCACAGUGCUUCUGUCUGUUUGGUAACUAUGAAUGAAUGAAUGAAUGAAUGAAUGAACUUGUGAUCAGCAGGUUGUUUGUUAAGUGAAACCAACAUUUUCUUUCUGUUUUAUCAUAGUCACAGUUUAAAGAUUAUGAGCUGAAUUAAAGCUAUGAUAACUGAACAUA